AUGGACCCCUCGUCAGAUUCACCAAAGCCAUACUCAUGUGUGGUCUGCCACAAGAGAAAGGUGAAAUGUGACCGCAGGGAGCCAUGCUCCAAAUGUGCAAAGGCAGAGGUUGAAUGUAUCUACCGUCCUCCACCCCCGCCACGUCGUCGCAAAAGAGCGCGUGACGCGAGUGGAUCUGCAUCAUCAGAACGCGACAAAUCAUUUCCACGAAUAAGCCGAGAAUCUCCAAGAGCCGAUGACACUGGUACCACCGGCGAUGCAGCCCAUUUUGGAAGUCGAGCAUCUCUGACGGAGUCCAAAUCAGGCAUUCCGGGGAGGAUGAUCAUGAGAGGGGGGAAUUCGGUCUACCUUGAGAACAAUCUUUGGACAAAUGCCAGCCACGAGCUUGCAGAUGCUACAGAAGUGCUAGAUGCGUCGAAUAACCCAGAUUCUUCAUCUCAAGAGGACGACGAUGGGGAAGAUAUGCUGCUUCUGGGAUCUGGAGCCAGGAAUAAUCUUACAAAUUUACACCCAAAUCCGGUUCGCAUAUUCAAACUAUGGCAGACGUUUCUUGAAAACGUUAAUCCCAUCAUCAAAAUCCUCCAUACACCAACACUGCAGCCACAAAUACUCGAAGCCGCGGGUGAGAUCUCAAGUAUCGGCAAGGAACUGGAGGCCUUGAUGUUUGCGGUUUAUUGCAUCGCAUUAGCAUCAUUGCCGACCGCGGAAGUUGAAAGGUCAUUUGGAGAAAGUAAAAAGAAGCUUUUAGCUAGAUGCCGACGUGGGGCUCAAUUCGCUUUUAGCAACGCCUCGUUUCUUCGUACUUCAAAUUUCAUGGUUUUACAGGCACUGAUGCUAUACAUAUUGUCAAUGCGUGUGUUUUCCGACUCGCAUACCAUCUGGACUAUGAGUGGCGUGGCAUUACGAAUCGCUCAAAGAAUUGGAGUUCAUCGAGAUGGCUCGGGGUAUGGACUAUCAGUAUUUGAGACAGAAAUCCGCCGGCGGAUUUGGUUUCAACUUAUUAUCAUUGAUUCCACAUCGGCACAAUUUUGCGGUGUGGCUCCAAGUCCAUUACCAGCAACAGCUGACACAAUGCCGCCAAUAAACAUCAAUGAUACAGAUCUUGACCCACGUAUGACAGAGCCACCCUGUGAAAAAGAGGGGCCGACUGAUAUGAUUUUUUGCUUGGCCCGCUGUGAGUUUGGGAAAUGGUUGCGUCGCUGGAGUAAGCAUGCAAGUCCCUCCCAUUCGCCAUGGGCUUUCCUGUCCUCGUCGUCCAUGUCACUCAAGGAAAAAGAUAAGGCCAUAGACGAGCUAGAAGAGUUGUUGGAACAGAAAUUCCUGCGGUAUUGCGAUAAAUCAAUACCAUUGCACCUGGCGACUCUCGUGAUGGCUCGCUCAGUGAUACAUUACACUAGGCUCAUGGCACACCAUCCUCGGCAAUAUCAGGGAAGCAAUAUCCGGCUGUCCCAGACUGAGAGGGACGUCAUCUUUGACAAUUGUUUGAAAAUGGCAGAAUAUGCAGACUACACUCAGACUAACAAUGACAUCCAACGCUUUUCGUGGCACACGGUGCAUCAUAUGCCUUGGGAUGCCAUGAUUUUCAUGUUGUCUGAAAUGCGUUUUCGGGACGAUCCGGAAGAAAAAAGCAAAGUCUGGCAGAUCAUUGGAAAUAUCUACACUCACUAUCUUCGCCAUAGGCGAAUAGCUGUCCAGCUGCCUCUCCAUCGCGCCAUCGAAAACCUUAUGAUCCGGGCAUGGAAAACGCAUACUGAGGAGUGUAACCGUCUGCAGCGGGCUCCGAUCUCCUGUCCAACCAUUGUGGCAACUUUGAUUGGAAAUUCGAUUGAGAGUUCCCAAAGUCAUUCGAAUUCCCAACGUGCGCUUGACCCGCUUCCUUGUCAUGGAUUCUCUCCCCAAGACGCAACAAGUGUAGACCUGGGAAGGAAUCGCGGAGGAUUUGAUUAUUUAGUCCAUGAAGAGGCUUCAAUGAACUGGAAUGAUUGGGAUAAUCUUUUAAACCAGUUUCAAGAAUCGCUGAUGGACGAUAUGAAUUUUAUGACUGGUUCUACAUCCUGA